AUGGAUUUCGAAAUGAAUGAUUCUAUUGAAGCAGAGAGACGAAAAUAUAUACUAUUAACAUUAAAUGGAUAACCAGAUGCAAAUAUAAUAAGGUUUAAGUUCUUUUAAGUAAGAUUUUGAUUUAAGUUAGAGAUAAAUUUGUAUGGUUGAUAUCAAAAUGAAAGCAGAGAAUUACUAUCAGAUGAAAAUUCAAUAGCUUAGAUUAUUCACAUAAUAAGGGAUAGAGAUAUUUUAAGAGGAUCUUCCAUAUAUAAAAGAAGGGACUCUUCUGUAUAUAUCAGAUAGUAUGAAUUGUAUCGAAUUUGAUUCUUAGGCAACGAUUUUGAUGCUUAUUCAUAGAUAAGUGUUUACUAAAUAGUAAAAGUAUUAGGUGAAGGUGGAUUUGGGAAAGUAAUGUUAGGUAAACAUAAGGUAACUGGAGAGUAAGUAGCAAUAAAAUUGAUAGAUUCUGGGAAAUUAUGGAAUGCAGAGGAUAUAGAUUUAGUAUUUAGAGAGGCAGAAGUAAUGAAGAAUUUAAGACAUAAUAAUAUAAUAAAGAUAUUGAAUUGUUAUACAUUACCUAAUAUGUAAGUGGUUUUAAUAAUGGAAUUUUUAUAGGGAGGGGAUUUGGUUGAAUAUAUUUAAGGUAUCUUAUAAAAAUGAUUAAAUUUUAAGAGAAGGGAGGAUUAUCAGAAGAGGAAGCAAGAGNUACACUUUCUUAAUACAAAUUUUAAAUUUUAAUACAUCAAUCAACCAUUUACUGUCUAUAAUAUAAUUACAGGUUAAAGGAAUGUUAAUUGUCAUAAAAGAAGUUUUUGUUUUUAACCAGAUCUAUAAUUAUGUGCUGUUAUCUAUUCAACCCUAAAUAUAAAAAUAGUAGCUUUUUUUCUAAAUCAAAAUAACUAAUUGAUUAUCUUGUUGGUCAAAUUUACAAAGUUAAUCCUAUGUGUAUUCAACGUUGUAAAUUAGCGCAUAAAACUGGUUCUGGAUUGUACAUGAAACUUUAAAUAAAAAAAAAAGAAAUUUUGAAAGGUUAUGUAUAAAUCACAGGAAGAUGGACUACUCAUUUAGAUAUCAAUAAUUAAAGAUAUUGGGAUAUCAAUAUUCAUAGGUAUUUAAGUAAAUAUAUUAAUAGACCAUUUAUUUUAGAAUUUGAAUAAAAUCCUUUACCAUCUGAUUGUUUAUAUAGAUUAGAUUUAUUGUUAAUGAAAAUGAAAGAUAUACAAAGAACUUAGGAAAUGAAAGAAUAUAUGGAAGUAUGA